AUGUUUGCGGCUGCGCGUCGCGGGCGGGGCCUCUGGGGCGGAGCGGCCACCAUCUUGGAACAGGAGGCGGAGCAGAGCCGACUGGGAGCGACCGAGCGGGCCGCCGCUGCCGCCAUGAACCCCGAAUAUGACUACCUGUUUAAGCUGCUUUUGAUUGGUGACUCGGGCGUGGGCAAGUCCUGCCUGCUCCUUCGGUUCGCUGAUGACACGUACACGGAGAGCUACAUCAGCACCAUUGGGGUGGACUUCAAGAUCCGAACCAUCGAGCUGGAUGGCAAAACCAUCAAACUUCAGAUCUGGGACACGGCUGGGCAGGAGCGGUUCCGGACCAUCACCUCCAGCUACUACCGGGGCGCUCACGGCAUCAUUGUGGUGUAUGACGUCACCGACCAGGAAUCCUACGCCAACGUGAAGCAGUGGCUGCAGGAGAUCGACCGCUACGCCAGCGAGAACGUCAACAAGCUGCUGGUGGGCAACAAGAGUGACCUCACCACCAAGAAGGUGGUGGACAGCACCACGGCCAAGGAGUUUGCCGACUCCCUGGGCAUCCCCUUCCUGGAGACCAGUGCCAAGAAUGCCACCAACGUGGAGCAGGCGUUCAUGACCAUGGCGGCGGAGAUAAAGAAGCGGAUGGGGCCCGGGGCCGCCACGGGGGGCGAGCGCCCCAACCUCAAGAUCGACAGCACCCCCGUGAAGCCGGCUGGCGGCGGCUGCUGCUAG